CUUAAACAUCCCGUUCUUCCGGUAUAGCAUCGCUACGCUACCUUCACAGUGCCUGGCCGAGCGGGCGUACUGGGGACUUCAGGUAUGCAGCCUAGCGAUGCAUGCGUUGCGCUCUGCGCGGGUGACCGCAUCCGGGCUGCAUUCUGGAUGGCUUCCGGUGCAACUGGCAUAGGCCCGGGUACUGUCGAGCGGCAGUGGUGGGCAUGGCACGUAGCGUAGUGUCCAAUGCGUACGACGAGCACACAAGUAUCGUCGCCAUCCCUCGCGCUGACCACCGCGUGCGCUCUCCACCGAACCGCAUACUGCAUUCCUCCGCCCUCAACAUGCUCCAGCGACUCGAAUCUUGGUAUCCCACUUCCCGCGGCUCGCCGGUCCACCCAUUCUUCGUCUCCGCUUGCAUGGUCGCGUCAGGAGUCAUCUGUGAUGAUACCUGAUUCGACGAGUGACAAGUGUGGGGGCACCUCUGGCCAAGACGCGUCUGCACCUCGGCAAAUCAAAAACAAUGCAGUGCAAGAUGUGCUCGUACCUCGAGCUGCAGCUCAACGUCGAGGCGAAAGUACGGACGGAGCUCGAGGGCCAGGGGUCGAACCCAGCGGUGAUACAUGCUCCCUUCCUGGCGCCGAUACAAUCGCCUCGACGACUCCGUACGGCGCUGCAAGCACCGCCACGCAAGCUUUGCCGUACAACUAUUCAGGUUGAUGCCGAAUUCCAUGCCUACAGCCUGCCAACGCCACCAUGAUGUACUAUGGCCCGCCAAUGAACCCCGGCCCGCCUGCCCUGGGAUUUCCAAGCGUUCUAUUCGAGUCGGACAAGUCUAACAUCGUGCUC